UCUGUGCCCUGCCAAGGAGGAGGGAACUGCAGUGACAGCAGGAGUGAGAGGCAGGACAGAGUCGUGGGGCACGAAGAGGGAGAUGCUGAGACCAGGUGACCGUGAGACACAGAGAGAGGGCUAAGGAGUAGGGUGAGGGCUGUUGAGAGUCUGGAGGAGAGUGGAAACGAAAAGGAGUAGCAAGAAGACAGGACUUGUGUGUCACAGCCACUCAGCCAUGCUGGGAGCAAAGCGACUCUGGCUACCAGCUCUUGCACCCAACCCCUGGUUGCCCUUGGCCCUGACGCUUCUGGCCCUGGGGACCGGAUGGGCCCAGGAAGGGUCAGAGCCUGUUCUCCUGGAGGGGGAGUGCCUGGUGGUCUGUGAGCCCGGCAGGGCUGCUGCAGGGGGGCCUGGAGGAGCAGCUCUGGGAGAAGCGCCCCCCGGAAGAGUGGCAUUUGCUGCAGUUCGAAGCCACCACCAUGAGCCAGCAGGGGAGACGGGCAACGGCACCAGUGGGGCCAUCUAUUUUGACCAGGUCUUGGUGAAUGAGGGCGGUGGCUUUGAUCGCGCCUCGGGUUCCUUCGUGGCCCCUGUCCGAGGUGUCUACAGCUUCAGGUUCCACGUGGUGAAGGUGUACAACCGCCAAACUGUCCAGGUGAGCCUGAUGCUGAACACAUGGCCUGUCAUCUCAGCCUUUGCCAAUGACCCUGAUGUGACCCGGGAGGCAGCCACCAGCUCUGUGCUACUGCCCCUGGACCCCGGGGACCGGGUGUCUCUGCGCCUUCGUCGGGGGAACCUGCUGGGUGGCUGGAAAUAUUCAAGCUUCUCUGGCUUCCUCAUCUUCCCACUCUGAGGGCUCAAGCCUUUCAAGAAUGGGAAUCCAGCCCCUGACCUCUAUCCUCUGCCCUCCCCUGCCCCAGAAGCAACAUCUUUGGGGCAGGAGAAAGGCUCCCUCUGGCUGCCUGAAUUCCACCUUCUUGCAUGGGACCUUGUGCCAAACACCCAAGGUGAUGAGUAGAGCUUUAUCUAGGGACUGGCCCC